AUGGAGCGAGCAUCCAAACGGCAGCGGCUUGCCGAAGACGUGAACGAACCGGUGCCGGCGGCCCAGUCAGAUGAUUUGAAAUCCCUGAACCGACCUGUAAGUCCUCCUACGAAGAGGAAAUCAGGAGGCCUGCGAAUAAAAUCACCUUUUCAGCUGACAACAAUCCGUGAUCUCCCCGAGGCUGCGAAUCGUGACUCGGUCGGUCUCGCGGACAUCCUGGGCGAUCCUCUGAUUGCAGAAUGUUGGGAGUUCAACUUUCUUCAUGACAUUCACUUCCUCAUGAGCCACUUUGACGAGGAUACCAGAAACCUUGUGAAAGUCCACGUCAUCCACGGUUUCUGGAAAAGAGAGGACCCAAAUCGUACAACCCUUCAGGAAGAGGCAGAAGCAUAUCCAAACGUUGAGCUACACGGGGCUUUCAUGCCUGAAAUGUUUGGCACGCACCAUACGAAAAUGAUGGUGUUGAUUCGGCAUGACGACUCGGCCCAAGUGAUCAUACAUACGGCCAAUAUGAUUGCCAAGGACUGGACGAAUAUGACCAAUGGUGUUUGGAGAUCACCAAUUCUGCCACUCCUUCAGGAAAAUAAUGUUGAGGAUGCCUCGCCGGAUAGCCAUCCUUUUGGGACGGGAGAAAAAUUCAAACACGACCUGCUCAGCUACCUAAGAGCGUACAACGUACGCAGACCAAUCCUUAUAGCCUUAGUAGAGGAGUUGCGCAAAUACGACUUUUCGACUGUACGUGCAACACUCAUCGCUAGCGUUCCCGGCCGUCACCCCGUACACGACACUUCACAAACAACCUGGGGAUGGCCCGCGCUCAAGAGAGCCCUGCGCAAUGUUCCGGUCCAAGAAGGAAAGUCUGAGAUUGUGGUUCAGAUAUCGUCCAUCGCUACUUUGGGGCCCACCGACAGUUGGCUGCAGAAAAGUCUUUUUGAUUCUCUCACCGUAUCCAAGAACAACUCCCUGAAGACACCCAGACCGACAUUCAAGGUCGUCUUUCCCACGGCGGACGAGAUCAGGCAAAGUUUAGACGGCUAUGCUUCUGGAGCAUCAAUUCACACCAAGAUCCAAUCGCAGCAACAGGCGAAGCAACUGGCAUACCUUCGGCCCAUUUUCUGUCACUGGGCGAACGAUGCUCCUCAUGGCAAAGCAUUGAACGACAUAGCAGUAAUCCAAGAAUCCGGCAGACAACGGGCAGCACCUCACAUCAAGACAUACAUUCGCUACGGCGAAAAUUCGAUAGAUUGGGCCCUUGUCACGUCUGCCAACAUCUCCAAACAAGCGUGGGGUGAAGCAGCAAGUGCAUCGCAGGAAGUUAGGAUUGCAUCGUGGGAAGUCGGAGUUUUGGUAUGGCCUUCGGUCAUCGAGGAGAAAGCAACUAUGUUGGGCACAUUCGAAACGGACAUGCCACCCAACGACGCGGGCGAUGGCGAACCGGUAGUCGGGCUGAGGAUCCCGUACAACCUGCCUCUUCAAAGGUACGGAAAGGACGAGAUUCCUUGGGUGGCAUCGGUGGCCCACGAUGAACCAGACAGGUUGGGGAGAGCGUGGGGUGCUUGGGAGACCUGA